UUUGGGUAUGAUUUAAGCAGCAACAGGAGGAACAAGAAGACGAGCAGACGAGCGAGUGGGACGCUUUUGCUAGCCGCCUUUUCCACGUGUUUUUGUCUCCUUCAAUCCACAUUUUAUGCGCAAAGUGUAGUUGCGCACGCAAAAAGCGUCGAGUGAAGAAGUCCACCAAACUCAGAGGAGAAGCAGAAGAGUGGUCAUGGAUACGUCCUCACGGAUUCUCCUGCUGUUCCUGCUCCUGCACUCCGCUGCCGUCUUGUCCCUGUCCACACAUGCGGCAUGGGUCUCCCCCCAGGACCCUGUCCUCCGCGUGGGUUCCAACCUGACCGCUAGUUGCUGGGUGCAACCGGACUCCGGCGUCCACGCCAGUUCGCUGUACUGGACGCUGAACGGCCAGCGGCUGCCCGCCUCCACGUACCAAACGCUGAGCGCCAGCAACCUCAGCGUGACGCUUAGCGGGCUCAACGCCUCACGACAGCGGUCCGGCGACAAUCUGGUGUGCCAUAACCACAAGGGACACAUCCUGGCCGGCUCCUGCAUCUUCGUCGGAAUGCCUCCGGAGAAGCCUCUCAAUUUGACGUGUUGGUCUCGGAACACCAAAGACCUGACGUGCAGCUGGGCGCCAGGAGGGAAAGGGGAAACCAGCAUUACGACGCAGUACUUGCUCAAGUACAAGCUCAGGUGGUACGGCAAGGAGAAGGAGUGUGAGGACUACACGCACGCUCAGCCGUACUCGUGCAGCAUCACUCGUGACCUGCACCUCUUCACCCCGUACGAGAUCUGGGUGGAGGCGUCCAACCAGCUGGGCCGCGCCGCUUCCGACGUCAUCAUGUUGGACAUCCUUGACGUGGUGACAACGGAUCCUCCGUCGGGGGUGACGGUGAGCCGCGUGGGGCAAUUGGAGGACCAGCUGAGCGUUCGCUGGGAGGCCCCGCCGGCACUCAAGGACUUCCUGUUCCGGGCCAAGUACCAGAUCCGUUACAGACUGGAGGAUAGCCAAGACUGGAAGGUGAUGGAUGACGUCGGCAACCAGACGUCUUGCAGGCUGGCGGGUCUCAGACCUGGAACCGUCUAUUUUGUGCAGGUCCGAUGUAACCCGGUGGGCAUCUACGGUUCCCGCAAAGCUGGAAUCUGGAGUGAAUGGAGUCAUCCCACCGCUGCAUCCACACCGCAUAGUGAGCGAGCAGCGUCGGGCUCAUGCGACCCCAAGUCGAGCGGCGACUCCAACUCGACCCUGCGCCGCGAGUUGAAGCAGUUCUUCGGCUGGGCGCGCAAGCACGCUUACGGCUGCAGCAGCAUGUCCAUGAAGCACUACGACCAAUGGCGGGUGAUCAUGCAGAAGUCGCACAAAGCACGCAACCAGGUUCUCCAAGGGGAUAAGUCGUAGCACAUGCCAAGUGGAAAAAAAACAACACAGAGCGAUCGCAAUGACAACCAGAGGAUGGUCGUAAAAAUUCGAAGGACUGUUUUUUCUUGUUGUUUUUUGCAGCCAGAUGAUAUUUGGAGAUGUUGCUUUUUUUUUUUGUCUGUUUUUGACAUUUUUGACACAAAUUUCCAGUUUGACAUUUGCAAAUUUGCAUCUUGGAAAAUACUUGGAGCAUCCUGCCAAGCCAAUUUUCUUCCCACAUUUCCCCCCCGUCCCACGUAGGGAACAUAUAAUGAAUGUUAAUCGGCGUUUUCUGAAUAAUAUUUGGGGUUUGCAGUUUUUUUUGUUUGUUUUGCAGACCCCCUGAGAAAGGUACGCUAAACUUUCUCAUUUUGUUUUGAAAUUUACAAUGCCGACCUGGAGGCAAUUUCAGGCCCAAGGACGCAACUGAGCCACAGCUGCGCUAUUGCCAAAUAUUGCUCUGUCUCUGAGAAAGUGAGGAGAAGUUUCAUUCCAUCGGGCUGGAGCUUGACUAAGAGGAAAAAAAAA